AUGAUCUUCACAAUUAAUGAAAUAAAUAAAAAUCGAACAUUCUUGCCAAAUAUAACUCUGGGCUAUGCCAUCUAUGAUACUUGCUAUAAUAUUCCUACAGCUAUAGAGGAUACGUUUGCUCUGAUAUCUGGACAGCAGAAAUUCACACCAAAUUACCAGUGCCAGUUAAAUUCUUCCUUAGCUGCUGUAAUAGGUGCCUCAACAUCAACAAUCUCAAUAAUGGCUUCAAUACUUGGGAUCUAUCAUUUUCCACAGAUUAGUUACUUUUCAUCUAUUCCAGUUCUCAGCAAUAAAGAAGAAUUCCCAUCCUUUUUUUGCACAAUGCCAAGUGAUAUGUUUCAAUCCAAGGUUUUUGUCCUUCUGGUUAAGCACUUUGGUUGGAAGUGGGUGGGAAUAUUAGCAGAUGAUAUUGAUUAUGCCAUACAAGCAGCUCAGAUGUUUAGAAAAGAUGUAGAAAGUCUUGGUGUGUGUAUUGCCUUUUCUGAGACAAUUCCAAUAGUCAAGUCCGGAGAGAAGUAUCUUCAAGUUGUUGACAUAAUAAGAAUGUCAACUGCAAGGGUUAUAGUUGCUUUCUCUUGUGACACUAAUAUAGUUCCUUUACUUGAAGAAGUUGUUAGACAAAAUAUAACAAACAGAACAUGGCUAGCAAGUGAAGGUUGGAGUACAUCAGGUCCACUAUUUAUUAUAAAAAAAGAACACACUAACUACUGGACUGGAACAAUGGGACUUACGCUCCCUUUGUGUGACAUUGAAGGACUGCAGGAAUUUCUUUUUCAGAUGAAUCCAAUUAAUGCUGUACAUGAUACAUUUAUAACUGAACUCUGGGAAGAGGUAUUCGAUUGUUUAUGGUCACCUGUGGUACAGGAAGAUAAUAAACUGCAUUCAAACAUGAGUCAGUUUGCUCUGAAGGAAAUCUGCACUGGGCUGGAAGAUAUGAGGACUGCUAAUCACUCCUAUACGGAUGACAGUAACUUCCGAGUGUCCUGCAAUAUGAACAAUGCUGUUCAUGCAGUUGCUUAUGCCCUGCAUGAUUUGCAGGCCUGCGAAAAUGGAAAAGGGCCUUUUGAAAAUGGAACCUGUGCAAAUAUACGUGAUUUUGAACCUUGGCAGCUUGUACAUUAUAUAAAGAAAGUCAGGUUCAUUGACCAAUCAGGAAAUGAACGAUAUUUUGAUAAAAAUGGUGAUGUUUCAGCCAUAUAUGACAUAAUAAACUGGCAAGUAACUGAUGAUGGCAUAAUUAAAUUUGUGAAAGUUGGGCGAUAUGAUGCCAAAGCACCUCCAGGACAUGAACUCACAAUUAGGGAGAAGGAUCUCAUCUGGAAUAAUGGUGAAUUAGAGGUUCCCCAAUCUGUAUGCAGUGAAAAUUGCAAACCAGGAACUCGGAAAAGAGUUCAGCAAGGACAACCAAUCUGCUGCUUUGAUUGCAUUCCAUGUGCUGAUGGAGAGAUAUCGAAUGGCACAGAAUGUUUCCAGUGUCCUGAAGAUUACUGGUCAAAUAAAAGGAAAGAUUGGUGUGUGCUGAAGGAGGUGGAGUUCCUAUCGUUUUAUGAACCAUUGGGAAGUGUUUUGACAUUAUUUUCAAUAUUAGGGGGUAUUAUCUCUGCAGCUACUAUUCUGAUAUUUAUAAAGUUCAUGAAUACACCCAUUGUAUGAGCUAAUAACUACGAACUUAGUUUCCUCCUCCUAUUUUCUUUAAUGUUGUGUUUCCCGACUUCUCUUGCAUUCAUUGGCAAGCCUUCAGUUAAAUUUUGUGUCCUCCGUCAAAUAGGAUUUGGCAUCAGCUUUUCAUUGUGCCUGUCAUGCAUCCUUGUUAAAACUGUAGUAGUAGUACUGGCUUUCACAAUGACAACACCCAAUCAAAAUAUAUUAAAAUGCUUCCAGCCCAUGCAUCACCGUUUGGUUGUUGCAGCCACAACACUCAUUCAGAUAUGUAUCUGUAUUGGGUUUUUGUUGUCGUUACCAAUUGCUGUGGAGAAAAACACAAAGGCUGUAGUUGGAAAAAUCAUUCUAGAAUGCAGCAAAGGAUCUCAAUAUGCAUUAUUUGGCAGUUUGGGAUAUGUUGGAUUCCUAGCUGUUCUCUGUUUCGUUUUGGCAUUUCUGGCCCGAAAAUUGCCUAACAACUUCAAUGAGGCAAAAUUUAUCACUUUUAGCCUAUUUAUCUUUUUUGCUGUAUGGGUAUCCUUCCUACCAGCUUAUUUCAGUAGUAAAGGAAAAUAUUUAGUUGCAAUAGAAAUAUUUGCUAUCCUAUCCUCAAGCUUUGGCCUUCUUGCUUGCAUCUUCUUUCCUAAAUGUUACGUUCUUUUACUGUGGCCUGAAUUGAAUACAAAAUGUGGUUUGAUGGGUCAUGCACAUCUAGCUGCAAAAUCUUCCUCCAAAACAUAA